CGACACGAGCUGUGCUCUUCGGUGUAGAGACCAUCUUUGAAUUUCAAUGAAGGCAAAUUAUGAGUCUAUUGCGACCCGGAGUCGUAUACUUCCGAAGUGGUUCCUUCCUAAACGGAAUGCCGCUGCCUGUUCUUAUACAAGGGUGUGAAUACUACGGCGUGCUAAGUUAUUACAGCGUGCUUAGCUGAUUUAUAUAAAAGCCUGGUAGCGGUAAGGGGAAAACUCAUUGCAGUCUAUGAAUGCCACUGUCUUAAAAUGGAAUUUGCUGAUAGUCGAUCAACACAUUUGCGUUCAGCAGGUAACAACGAGAAGCGAUACAUUGUUCGUCAGUCCCUAGGCUACUACCGCACUCUGGCUAUCGGCGGAAUCUACACCUUCGCACCAGCUUCGACUUCUGUUAUCUCUAAGCAGACUUUCGUUCCAGCUCUGAAGCACUGCGUAGCAACACAUCCACUGCUGAAUGCUACCAUUGAGGGUCAAGAAAGCGAGUCCCCAGCUUUUCCGAGGCCUCAAACAUUGGACUUGCACAACCAUAUUGAACUUCUCAGUAUAACCGAUAUUGGAGCUGGAACCAAAGAUGCAUCCGAGAAGGAUCCUAUUCACCAUAUUACCGUUCCCGCUCGCAAGACCACCGAAGACCUCGCCAAAUGCGCUAGCACUCUGCAUGACCAAUCCAUCGGUCUUCUCGCCUACCUCAGCAAAUUCCGCCUCUGGAUGCAGGGUGAAGCCGAGAAGGACAGAGACAGCUCAUAUGAGGUUAGAAAUCUUGGAGUCUUUGAUCCCAUGGCGACAUCGCAGAAGGAUGCUUGGACUAUCGAGUCCAUAUUCUUUGCUCAGCCAGCCAAUUUAACGGGCAGUUGUCUUGCAUUCAACGUUGUCACCAAAAAAGGAGGCGAUACCAUUGUAUCAGUCACUUGGCAGAAAGGCACACUUGAGGUGGAGAAUGAGCAAGCACUGGUGAAUUCUGUCUGUGAGCUUAUACAUUCAUACAUAGGAGAGGCUGCUUGA